CCCGAUUCUUGACCGACGGGCAGGCGGGGGCUGCGGCGGCGCCGGCACUCUGACGGACCCCAGCUGCCCGUCGCCUCCGUCCGCCCUCCGCCCCCACCCCUAUCCCCGGGGACAUAGGAGACGAUAUCGGGGCGGCCGGGGUGGGGUGGGCGGCGCGGGGCCGCUGAACCCCUGCCAGCGCCGUGCGCCCUGUGCCCGCAGCGCCGGCGCCCCCCAUGCGCCAGGCGGCCGGACGGCGGCGUCGGGGGGCGCCAUGGCCUCGGCGGCGGCGGGCGAAGCGGAAGAGACCACCCGGCUGCGCAAGCCGCGCUUCUCGUUCGAAGAGAACCAGAUCCUGAUCCGUGAGGUGCGCGCCCACUACCCGCAGCUCUACGGCGCUCAGAGCCGUCGGGUGAGCGUGGCCGAGCGGCGGCGUGUGUGGGACGGCAUCGCCGCCAAGAUCAACGGCAUCACCAGCUGGAAGCGCACUGGCCAGGAGGUGCAGAAGCGCUGGAACGACUUCAAGCGCCGCACCAAGGAGAAGCUGGCGCGCGUGCCGCACUCCACACAGGGCACCGGGCCUGCCGCCGAGGACGCCUUCUCCGCCGAGGAGGAGACCAUUUUUGCCAUCCUGGGGCCGGGUGUGGCGGGGCCAGGAGCUGGUGCAGGGGCAGAGCAGCCCUCCGCGGCCGCCUCUUCACAGCCACCGGCUCCAAGCGCCUGCACCCAACGCUGUGUGCUGUCUGAGGACCGCAGGGAGGACCGACGGGCAGAUACACCAGCCCACAGCAAGGGGGGCUCUAGCAGCCCGGAGCCUUGGGCCAGACCCUCCUGCAAUCCUCAGGAAGGGGGCUGCCAGGCACCCAAGGAGCGUGAGUCCCCGCCCCCUCCGGCCCUGCAGACCAUCCAGCUGCCCCGCCUGGCCUUGUCUCCACCCCCCCCAGCCCCUCCGCUGCCACCACCCCCCGAGCCACCGCAGCAGGUCCAAGUGGCACCCUCGCCCUCCAGCUCCCCCUCCCCUCCACUGCCUCCACCCUCGGCCCCAGACCCCUCCCUGGACUUCCUGCGGGCCCAGCAGGAGACUGCCAACGCCAUCCGGGAGCUGGCCGGCACCCUCCGCCAGGGACUGGCCCAACUGAGCGAGGCCCUCAGCGCCCUGCUGCCCCUUCUGCCCGGAAGCCCUGCUGACCCACUGCCCCCGCCCCCUCCCCCACCUCCACCGCCCAGGCCUGUCUUGUCCCCCCCCUCCCCCAAGGUGGAGGUCACCCCAGAGCCUGUGUCCGUGGUGGCUGCUGUUGUGGACGGGGCUGUGGUGGCAGCCAGGGGGGUGAUCAUUGCCCCUAGGAGCGAGGAGGGGGCCCCCCGGCCGCCCCCCACCCCACUCCCUCCGCAUGACUCCCCACCACACAAAAGGAGGAAAAGUUUCCCUACACGGAAGAGGCGGGGGCGGUGGAAAUCUCCGUGACAUCUGCUGUGGGGUUCAAGCUUGUCUGCGCACCUUCUGCCUGCACCUCCUCCCCCCAGCUUAGCCCAGUGGAGGAGGGCAACGCACUUUCCCCAUCCCAGCUGCACCCCGGCUCCCUGCUGCGGGGCACGAGCACCCCACUUCCUGUACUAGUUAGUGCCUGAUUCUGGGGGGCCUCAUUGCCCCAGGCCCCCCAGCCCUUUCCAGUACAGCGCUGUCUGCCUGGCUGCUUUCCUUAACCCUGACUUCUAAGCCAUGGAUUUUAUGUUAUUUAUUAUUGCCCUUCGUGGGUUGCGGAGGGAACCUGCACAUCCCCCUCCCCUAACAAAACUCCUGGCCUUGA